AUGACGGGCAGCAGUAUGUGGAACUUAGGGUUAUGGGAUCGGAGGGGGAAUACUCAGUAUGAUAUCCAGAGGAGUACCGAACCGUGUGGAGGGGGUCGAAAGAGCGGAGCGUAUUGUUUUAGGGGGAUAGACCUGAAGGGAAUUUCCAGCAAAGCACAUUUGGGCACUUGGGUUAGUUCUAAUGUGGAAAAUAUCAGCAGUAGCUGGACCCAUGAGGACGAGUCCUCAACAGCAAGCGAGCUAAAUCUGAGGGGGAGCAGUGACGAAGGGAAAGGCUCCACGUGGAAGGAUUUGAUGGGUUGCGUGAUUAGGGAGUUGGAGAGAAUAACUAUCCGAUGCACCAAGGGGGAUGAAUUAAGGCGGUGUAGGGGAUGGGAUAAAGAAACUUGGAGGGCUAUAUUAAGUGAGGUAACGGAGGCUCAAUCAUGGGAUCAACAUAGCUAUGGAAGAAAAGUUUUAAGAGCCAUAUAUUGUGUAAUCGUGGGUUUCCAGUAUAGAUUGGUUCAGGGCCCCCUAGGGCAAUUGGAGAACUAUAAAGCUACGUGCGGACGAGUGGCUGAUAUGUUAUCAGUGACACAGGACACGUGGCAGACAUAUCUGAAGGACACGGGAGAAAGUUUCAUGAACAAGUCCAAGUCCUGUUAUAGUGGCAGCAGGAAAGAGGGAUGUGAAGAAUUGAGCCUAGGUUUGAUCCUGAAUAUAGGAGAGAGUCUCAUGAACUGUCUAGGAAGGGAGCAAUCAUAUGAGAUAAGUGGUUGGAUACACCCCGGGGGCGGCAAGAAGGAAGGGAGCGAGAAUUAUCUCUUUAACGGAGCAGGUACCUUAACCAAAACACAUAGGGUGGACCAAGCAAGAAUAACAGUGACAACAGAGAAUAUGGGGAAAUAUCUUUCAGGGAAGGAGGCCACGGUUAAAACCGUAAGGGAUGAACUGACGGUAGAAGUAAAGGAAGUUAGGUCAACAAGAGACACAGCCAGAACACUCCAGCGGGGGGCGUGGAGGCAGGACCCAGUUGGUUCAGAAGGGGCACAAGAAGGCAAAGAGGGGUUAGAACCUGAGAAAGAAAGACACAGAUCAGUUGAAUUACAGGGGAAGCCUCAGGAUCCCUCCCCUGAAGCCAGAGUCAUAGAAACAAGAGAACAUACAGCUGAAGAGUCGAUUGCACACCACAGCGGUGCAACUGAGGAAUCGGCUGAAGGACAGGGCACUACAGCUAAGGAAUCCGUUGGGGAACCAGGCGUUAGCCAGCAGGAUUGGCGGAACGUUUCAGGAGACUCGAAGGACCCGGACGGACCAGAAGGGGGAGGUGAAUCAGGGAAACCUCGAAUGCUAGGCGAUGCAGCACAAACAGGAGUUGAUAGGGCUUAUAACGCCAACAAGACUGAGCUGGAACCUGCAGGGGGGACUACGGCUGUGGGGGGAAUAAUAGGGGGAGUACUAGUCUUUAUCUUUGCAACCCUGGGGGCGUAUGGUUUCUGGAGGGUUUUUGGACGGAAAAGAGAAGACAGAAGGGGAAAUUCAGCACCCCGAAGAGUAGGAUAUAACAAGACCCAGGAAUAA